GACGUUUCUGCUUGUUUUUUUGCUUGAGAUCCGGCAACACUGAGAAGUCAACAUGUCUAAAGCAUAAAUCGUUAGCUUUCAGGCUAGCUGUUUAGUUUACUUUUUUUUUAUUGGUUUUCUUUUAAUUUUAUUUAAUUUGACCGCGGGGUCUUUGUGUUUAAUGGGGGCGGAGAGUUUACCAUGAAACUCCGGUUGCAGAAUGACGGUGAAUCCCAAAGAGUGGUGAAACUGAGGGAGUCUCCUGCUACGAUGCAGCCGAAUUCAAGUGAGCAUGGAGCUCAUUCAGGGAAUGAUUUAUCCCUAAAUCCAGAGCUUCUCACCAGAACACCAGUCACCGGUCCUACUGGUGGCCUCGACCGUAAUGAUGUACGGAUACCCAUCACCAGCAGGUCCGGGGAGUCCAGCGGAGGUCCAUCCUCCAGGAGGUCCAGAGUCAACUCCCACGGCCACUCCCACUCACAUGCACAUGGACAUAACAGAGCUCAGCUCCACUCGCAUUCAGAGCCAGGGCUUAACCCGCCUGACUCUGAGGUGGACUCGGGGGAGCCAACCACCUCCUUUUCAGAGCUUCGUUGUCUCUUCCGCUGGCUGCAGAAGAGUCUUCCUUUCCUCGUCAUACUGUGUGCUAAACUAGUUAUUCAGCAUACACUUGGCCUAGCAGUUGGAGUUGGCCUCUUCACAACUUUUCUAUAUGUGAAUAAAAGUAUUCAAACUCAAGUAUUUCUUCAGGAUCGUCACUCAAAGCUGCGGUGCAUGUGGUUGCUUUUAUUCCUGAUCUUUUCCACUCUUCUGCUUUACUACACCUUUGUCACUGAGACACUUUACUGCUGCCUCGUUCUCCUCCGCCCGACCAUUGACCCGCUGACCUUCUGGGAGGUUCUGUGGGCUGUUGGCAUCACAAACUUCAUAAUAAAGUUCCUCUGUAUGGGGAUUAAGUGCCUUAUUCUGCUGCUGCCCUCUUCAUUGGUGACCUACAGAACCCAGGGUCGGUGGCUGAUGCUGACUGAGGAGCUGGCUCAGGUCCAUCAGGCCGUGGCUCCUUUCCCGCUGUGGUUCCGGUACCUGGUCACCUACCAGGAGGAUGACGGCACUCCUGGAUUCACUCUGGGCAUCCUGCUGGCGUUGCUCUACCUCAUACUGAAGCUGCUGGAACUGUAUAAACAGUGGACGUCUUUACUGAAAACUGUGAAGAUAUUUCUCCAAGGCGAGCAUACGGGGACAGCAGCCACUCGGAGUCAGUGCAGCGAGGCUGGAGACGUCUGCCCCAUCUGUCAGGGAGAGUACAGGGAGCCCCGGGUCCUGCUGUGUCAGCACAUCUUCUGUGACGAGUGCAUCGCUCUUUGGUUUAAUCGAGAGAAAAGCUGCCCUCUCUGUCGGACGGUGAUCACAGAAAAAGUCUACAAAUGGAGAGACGGAGCCACGUCGCCACAUCUGCAGGUUUACUGACCCACAGCACGGAUGACGACCGUUUGGUUUAGUCUGUAUUUGAGUAAGUUUGUAAUCCUGUCAGAGCACGUUGACAUGUAUGUUGUCCACACCUGUUAGUCACUAGGUCAAGGCUGUGCCGCCUAGUGUUGAAAGUUGGUAUGGACACAUCAUUGUCGUUUGAGGCUGGUGUGCCAGAGGUCAGCUAAGGGUUCACUCAUUGCUGGAUGUGUUUCACUUUUAUCAUUUUACUCAUCAUUCGCCUUUUUUUUUUUUUUUUUUUUGAAAGAUGGAUGCAAACCUUCCUCCCAGAAUAUCGCUCUUUUUCCAGUUUUCAAAUUCUGAAUGUGGAAGAGAAGCAUUAAAUGUAUUAAGACUUUUUCUUUUGUCACAUCUCGAUGGCAUGCAGCCGCUCAACCGGGUCUUCAUCAGUGUUUCGUAACUUUGAUCCUACUGAUCUGAGGUCAGACUACAAUGCUGAAAAAUGCACUGAAGGAUUUUUAGAAGCUUUUUGAAACAUCCAAUAAGAACAUGUUCCAAAAGUCAGAUUUCCAGCCUGCAUCCAAGCUAAAGGAUACAACAACUUAUUUAACAUCUUGGCUUGAUUUUCUGCUUUUGUGAUUUUUUUUUUUUUUUUUUUUUUUGUGACAAAGAUGCAUUGGAAUUUGAGAUUAUUUUUGUAAAAAACCAACCAAAGAAUGGGAGAAAUGUCUAUUUUAAUAUGUACUGAAAUCAUUUCACUGUUAUUUUUAUGCACACUGAAUAAAGAUCUGCACUCAGCAGUUUGUGGCGGUUCAGAUUUAUC